AUGAAUCUCAGCGCCAGUAUCGACAACCCCGCCGUCGACGGCGGAAACUGGCGAUACAUCAUAAGUGGAAUGGGCAUGUCAAUUUGGCCAUUGCGGCUCUCUACACAAGACCGAUCUCGCCGCAGUCCCCGACGAGCGCUGAAGAUGAAAGCGAAACUCAGCACUGGCCGAAUUGAGCGCCCACCACAAAAAACACGAGUCUCUGGGAAUCGAUAUGAUGAAGCCUUUACCGCCAUCGUAGCAGCGGCCAUGUUCUCCUACGUACCUUUCCGCCAACCGCUCGCUGCUCUUGACGGUCGGUUCGCCAAGUACAUACUACUACCGGCUCGCCAGUCAGAGAUGGACGACGAGAUGGUCCAGCUGGGGGGCCAGCCCUCGUUUCCCAUUGAGAGCCGGCUACCGAGCGAUCGGGAAGACCCUUGUCUAUUCCGAACACGGCUGAUCGACCGCAUGACCGAUUCGGAAGCCGACAUCACGUUCGGGAGCACCGACAUGGUCAACUGCGACGACGUCAACUUCGACGACACGCAAUGCAUCUCAGUGGGUCGAUCAACGCGAAAAUCCAGGGCCAUGCCCGGAGCACCGACUCCGCCGAUGCACCAUCACACUGCGCAGGUCAGCGAAGACCACGACGACCAGAACAACACCGACAACACCAGCCAGAUGGAAACGAUAAACAUGCCCUUCUGGAACCUCCCCAGACCACCGAAGCGACCCAUCCUCCGCGCAGGGGACACCAUCCCCGACGACAUGUCCAUCAUCUCGGACGCCUCGCUGAUCCCAACCUACUACCCGAGCGACAUCAUGAAACAGAAACAGCAGUCGUCGCAGCGGUUCCAGCACCGUACCCUCUUCAAGCAAAUCCUCCGCGCCAAGGCCAGGGUGGCCAAGCAAACGGUACGGAAGCUCAAGCGGUCAUGCCGCGACGUCGUCGGGCACGUCUUUGUUGAGUCCGCGCAUAGGGGUCCCAAGUGCGUUGCCGUUGGGUCGGUGUACUGA